AUGACCGAGGAGCUGGUUUCGGGUGAUGGCUGCAUCUCAGACGAGUCCAGUUUCUACGGAGAUGAGACAACCAAGGCGGCCUGGGAAGCUCGCACCAAGGCCUUUGACCCUGCCUCGUACUGGGAACACCAUGAAACCUAUCCCGCGACAAUGGCACACAGAACACGUGCCGAAGCACAGCGCCUCGCGGCAGACGAUGCCAAUGCCAUGGGAAUGAUAACGUCCAACAGUGCGCGCGGAUCCGCUGAAGCAAGCAGAAACGCCGAAAAGGCCACAGUCAAACUCAACCUCACACAUGAAGGUGACCCAAGAUGGUACCAGCCAACAGAGACCGUCUCCGAGUUCCUCAAGCGCUGUCCACCACUAAAGACCAUCUGCGAAGACACAGGCAUCGACUGGUUCUGGGUCGGCAACCCGCACGCCUCGAGCUACAACCAGCAGCCAGCGGAUGUGGACACCUUCAUUGAACGGGGGUACGGGCUGCUAGAAGCGUACCAAAGCAAGCGCGCAGAGCUAGAGAGCGCCAACCCGAGCUCCGCCAAAGGCACCAUCACGCGCAAGCUGGGCCCGGAGCGGGAGAAGCUAAAACAGCGAAUCGCGGACCUGGCGCGCGCGAAACACGUCGUCUGCGGCAAGUGGAUGCUCUUUCCCCGCGAGGAGGACUUGCUCAGUGUGUGGGCGCAAGUCUGCGAGGCCGUGCUCGCGAACCGGCUGGGCCACACUGCCAAGACGGGCACGACGUGGGCGGGCAAGGCCGAGACGCACCGCCUCAUUUGCGUGUACACGAAGGACUGGUCCGAUGUCGACGUGAGGCGCGUGCUCUUGUCGCUGGUCAAUUUGGGCUUGGUGGCGAAAGAUGACCCCCGCGGCAUCUGGUACAAGACGGAUGCGUACACGUAUCUGGACCUGUCGUCGGGGAACGCGUACAACCUACCCGCAAGUCUUUACUCGAGCAAGGAGAUGCUGAAGGGAGGCGCGGUUGCUACCAAGAGGAAAGGCGAGGCUUCUCAGAAGCAGACGAGCGCGAAGAAACCUAAAGAAGCAGAGUCGAAGAAGCAAACGAAAGGGAAGCAGCGAUCGCUCAUGGAAAUGUUUGGCUGA